UUGACUCGUGAGUUCAUACACUGAAGAGUGUUUUGUACGUUUCCAAUAAAUUGAUAGAAAGCCUGCAUUUGUUCAUAUUAACUGACGUUCUUACCAGUCAAUAUUUACAGUGAAAUACUCUACUAGGCUAGUACUUCAUAUGUAGUCUACCUCUCUAUUGCCACUUUCAAAACAACUGGGAACUCAGCAAAAAAAAACUAGGACCGACUGGGAAAAAUCGAUUUGAUCGUUCAUCCAACUCGGAAUUCCGGAAUUCAGACGUCAUGUUUGACCUCGUAUUUUUCAGGUCCCAGUUGUUUUGAACUCGGCAAAAAGGACUGUUUUCGUCUGCUUCUAUUCUUCAAGUCAAUCACACUUAUAGUAGCUUUCCCUCAGACUGAGCAAACCCCAUCCAGUGAGCCAGAGGGAAUAUUAAGAGGAAAAGAGAUCCCACUCCCCAAAUCACCCUUCAUACACAAUCAUUUCACAUCCCCCUCAGGUCGGCAAUCAAUUCACGUCCCCCUCCAGUCGGCAAUCAUUUCACGUCCCCCCCAGGUCGGCAAUCAUUUCACGUCCCCUUCAGGUCGGCAAUCAUUUCACGUCCCCUUCAGGUCGGCAAUCAUUUUACGUCCCCCUUAGGUCGGCAAUCAUUUUACGUCCCCCUCAGGUCGGCAAUCAUUUCACGCCCCCCUCAGGUCGGCAAUCAUUUCACGUCCCCCCCAGGUCGGCAAUCAUUUCACGUCCCCACCAGGUCGGCAAUCAUUUCACGUACCCCUCAGGUCGGCAAUCAUUUCACGUACCCCUCAGGUCGGCAAUCAUUUCACGUCCCCCCCAGGUCGGCAAUCAUUUCACGUCCCCCCCAGGUCAGCAAUCAUUUCACGUCCCCCCCAGGUCGGGCAAUCAUUUCACGUCCCCCUCAGGUCGGCAAACAUUUCAAGUGACCCUCAGGUCGGCAAUCAUUUCAUGUCCCCCUCAGGUCGGCAAUCAUUUCACGUCCCCCUCAGGUCGGCAAUCAUUUCACGUCCCCCUCAGGUCGGCAAUCAUUUCACGUCCCCCCCAGGUCGGCAAUCAUUUCACGUCCCCCUCAGGUCGGCAAACAUUUCAAGUUACCCUCAGGUCGGCAAUCAUUUCAAGUCCCCCUCAGGUCGGCAAACAUUUCAAGUUCCCCUCAGGUCGGCAAUCAUUUCACGUCCCCCUCAGGUCGGCAAUCAUUUCAAGUUCCCCUCAGGUCGGCAAUCAUUUCACGCCCCCCUCAGGUCGGCAAUCAUUUCAAGUUCCCCUCAGGUCGGCAAUCAUUUCAAGUUCCCCUCAGGUCGGCAAUCAUUUCAUGUCCCCCUCAGGUCGGCAAUCAUUUCAUGUCCCCCUCAGGUCGGCAAUCAUUUCAUGUCCCCCUCAGGUCGGCAAACAUUUAAAGUUUCCCUCAGGUCGGCAAUCAUUUCACGUCCCCCUCAGGUCGGCAAUCAUUUCACGUCCCCCUCAGGUCGGCAAUCAUUUCACGUCCCCCCCAGGUCGGCAAUCAUUUCACGUCCCCCUCAGGUCGGCAAACAUUUCAAGUUACCCUCAGGUCGGCAAUCAUUUCAAGUCCCCCUCAGGUCGGCAAACAUUUCAAGUUCCCCUCAGGUCGGCAAUCAUUUCACGUCCCCCUCAGGUCGGCAAUCAUUUCAAGUUCCCCUCAGGUCGGCAAUCAUUUCACGCCCCCCUCAGGUCAGCAAUCAUUUCAAGUUCCCCUCAGGUCGGCAAUCAUUUCAAGUUCCCCUCAGGUCGGCAAUCAUUUCAUGUCCCCCUCAGGUCGGCAAACAUUUAAAGUUUCCCUCAGGUCGGCAAUCAUUUCACGUCCCCCUCAGGUCGGCAAUCAUUUCACGUCCCCCUCAGGUCGGCAAUCAUUUCACGUCCCCCCCAGGUCGGCAAUCAUUUCACGUCCCCCUCAGGUCGGCAAACAUUUCAAGUUACCCUCAGGUCGGCAAUCAUUUCAAGUCCCCCUCAGGUCGGCAAACAUUUCAAGUUCCCCUCAGGUCGGCAAUCAUUUCACGUCCCCCUCAGGUCGGCAAUCAUUUCAAGUUCCCCUCAGGUCGGCAAUCAUUUCACGCCCCCCUCAGGUCGGCAAUCAUUUCAAGUUCCCCUCAGGUCGGCAAUCAUUUCAAGUUCCCCUCAGGUCGGCAAUCAUUUCAUGUCCCCCUCAGGUCGGCAAUCAUUUCAUGUCCCCCUCAGGUCGGCAAACAUUUAAAGUUUCCCUCAGGUCGGCAAUCAUUUCACGUCCCCCUCAGGUCGGCAAUCAUUUCAAGUUCCCCUCAGGUCGGCAAUCAUUUCACGCCCCCCUCAGGUCGGCAAUCAUUUCAAGUUCCCCUCAGGUCGGCAAUCAUUUCAAGUUCCCCUCAGGUCGGCAAUCAUUUCAAGUUCCCCUCAGGUCGGCAAUCAUUUCAAGUUCCCCUCAGGUCGGCAAUCAUUUCAAGUUCCCCUCAGGUCGGCAAUCAUUUCACGGCCCCUCAGGUCGGCAAACAUUUCAAGUUCCCCUCAGGUCGGCAAUCAUUUCACGUCCCCCUCAGGUCGGCAAACAUUUCAAGUUUCCCUCAGGUCGGCAAUCAUUUCACGUCCCCCUGAGGUCGGCAAACAUUUCAAGUUUCCCUCAGGUCGGCAAACA